AUGGCCAGUUACAAGCCGACUGAUUCAAAGAGAGACGAAUUCAGGAGGUACUUAGAACGCUCCGGUGUCCUUGAUGGUCUUACUAAAGUACUAAUUGCUCUUUACGAAGAACCUGAGAAACCAGCUAAUGCAAUUGAGUACAUCAGAAAAAAUCUUGGAGGACUGACUGAGAUAACCGAAGAAGUUGGAGCCACCAGUAAUGUUCAAGACUCUGAAUCUUUGGAGAAAAAAUUACAAGAAGCAGAAGCUGAAAACCGUGAGUUGAGAGACAAAUUAGCCAAGCUGGACUUGGCUGAGGAAUAG